UUUGCAGGUGUUUUAAGGUGUUUGCAGGUGUUUGCAGGUGUUUUAAGGGCGUCCACUUUGUUAGGAACACCUGUUCAAUCCCAAACAGCUUCAUGAAGCUGAUCAUGUUUCAGAGAUUACUUUAUGAAUGAAUCAAAUGUAUUAAUUCAUUAUUAAUGAGGUCCGAUCGAUGCAGGCCGACCUCCAAACUUCCAGGACUUCAAGGACCCGUCUCUGUUGUUUUUCUGAUAAUAUUCCAAUAAUAACGACAGCUGCAUGUCGGUAUCGGGUCAGGAUUUGUUCUUGUUACAUAAAUGAUUUUGUAAAUCUGCCUCAUGAAGCACAAACAGCAUCUUUAAUCCACUUUAGGAUUAUUGUGAAGCUCAGGGCAGCAUGGAUGUGUUCAUGCUGCAUGUCUGAAUAAUUACAACAUACAACAGAACAAACAGCCUCCCACAGAGGAACCCAUUGUUUCUACGGAGUCACAAAGGGACAAAAGGUGGUUCUGUUCUGGACUCAGAGGUUCUGUUCUGGGCUCAGAGGUUCUGUUCGGUCCAGCCAUGUUCACUGGAAGGUAGAGCUGAUGAAGUCCACCUGUCUGACCGUUUUUACAGGAAACAUAAAAACAAGUGAACAGAACUCUACUUCCUGUUUCGUGUGGACCAGGUGUUUAUCUGUGAACAAAAAUGUUUCAGAAAACUGUCUGGACGUCCAUGUUGAGAAACAUCCAGACCGGGUGGCUCUGAUCUGGGAGCGAGAUGAACCUGGUACUGAAGUGAAGGUCACGUACAGGGAGCUGCUGGAGACGACAUGCCGCCUCGCCAACACCCUCAAAAGCUACGGGAUCCAAAAAGGGGACCGGGUGACCAUUUACAUGUCAGUGUCCCCGCUGGCGGUGGCGUCCAUGUUGGCGUGCGCCCGUAUCGGUGCGGUGCACACGGUGGUGUUUGCCGGGUUCAGCUCAGAGGCUCUGGCAGGAAGGAUCCAGGACGCUGGCUGUGCAGCCGUGCUCACCUGUAAUGAAGGUGUGAGGGGGGGGCGGGUCAUCGACCUCAAGUCCACGGUAGACGCCGCCGUCAGGAGCUGCCCGACUGUCCGACACGUGUUUGUCUCUCAGAGGACGGACAAACCCGCCGUGAUGGGACAGCUGGACGUCCCCCUGGACCAGGUGAUGAUGUCACAGUCUCCGGCCUGUCCCGCGGAGCCUCUGGACAGCGAGGAUCUUCUGUUUCUUCUCUACACGUCAGGCAGUACGGGGAAACCGAAAGGCAUCGUCCACACACAGGCCGGAUACCUGCUGUACACGUCAAUGACACACCAGUACGUGUUCGAUUACCGGGACGGUGACGUGUUCGGCUGCGUGGCGGACGUCGGCUGGAUAACGGGACACAGUUACGUGGUGUACGGCCCGCUGUGUAACGGCGCCACCACCGUCCUGUUUGAGAGCACACCUGUUUACCCGAACCCAGGCAGGUACUGGGAGACCGUGCAGCGUCUGAGGAUCUCUCAGUUUUACGGCGCUCCCACGGCUCUUCGCCUGCUGCUGAAGUUCGACAACAGCUGGGUGAAGAAGUACGACCGCUCGUCUCUGCGGACGCUCGGAUCAGUGGGAGAGCCCAUCAACCACGAGGCCUGGCACUGGUUCCACAGCGUGGUCGGAGACGGACGCUGUCCUUUAGUGGACACCUGGUGGCAGACAGAGACGGGUGGAGUCUGCAUCGCCCCCCGACCCGCCGACCACGGAGCUCCCAUCAUCCCCGCCAUGGCCAUGAGGCCGUUCUACGGCGUGCAGCCGGUGCUCAUGGGAGAGGAGGGUGACCCUCUGCCCGGUAACUCGGUGAGCGGCGCUUUGUGUAUCAGCGAGCCGUGGCCCGGGAUGGCGCGGAGCAUCUACGGCGACCAUCAGAGAUUCGUGGACGCGUACUUCAAACCGUUCCCUGGCUGUUACUUCACCGGGGACGGGGCGUUCCGCUCGGAGGACGGACACUACCAGAUCACCGGCAGGAUGGAUGAUGUCAUCAACGUGAGUGGCCAUCGCCUGGGCACGGCGGAGAUCGAGGACGCUCUGGACGAACAUCCAGCUGUUCCAGAGACGGCCGUGAUUGGAUAUCCACACGACAUCAAAGGAGAAGUACCGUUUGCCUUCGUGGUGUUGAAGGAGGACUUUGGCUCCGCCCCCCUCGCCGUCCUCCAGGAGCUCCGUGAACUCGUCGCCACAAAGAUCGCCAAGUACGCCGUCCCAGAGCACUUCCUGGUGGUGAAGCGGCUGCCAAAGACGCGCUCCGGGAAGAUCAUGAGGCGGAUCCUCAGGAAGGUCGCCAUGGAGACAACGGGCGACCUUGGUGACGUGUCGACUCUGGACGACCCGUCCGUCGUCAAGGAGAUCAUCGAGGCCCACGAGCUGUACAGGAAGCAGAGGGGACAGGAGUAGGACUUCCUGUCACCUGUGGUUACCCACAAUCCUCUGCUCCUGUGCAGUGCCAGGCUAACAGUUUCCCUCUGUUUCUAGUCUUUAUGCUAAGCUAAGCUAACCGUCUGCUGUCCCUUUAAGAGCUCGUCGAUCAAAUUUGACCAAUCAGAGACGAGCAUUCAAAAGCUGUUUUUUAAUUUGUUUAUUUAAAAAAUCUACUUAAAGAUUAUAAAUGGAAUAUUGUUAAAUGAGAAAAUAUGAAACGUUUUAAAGAAUCUAAUGAAUAAUAAAUGUCUUUGAUGUUCAUGAACUGUUGUUUGAUGUUUCUGUUCACAAUAAAUAAACAAAUGAGUUCAUCGAUCAGCUGUUAAUCCUGUAAAUAUGGUGAUCAUAAACGUACUGAACGCCCAGAACCAGACACAGACCUCGAGGUCCACGCCUGACCCAGACUAACUACAGCAGGACCUCGAGGUCCACGCCUGACCCAGACCAACUACCGCAGGACCUCAAGGUCCACGCCUGACCCAGACCAACUACCUCAGGACCUCGAGGUCCACGCCUGACCCAGACCAACUACCGCAGGACCUCGAGGUCCACGCCUGACCCAGACCAACUACCGCAGGACCUCGAGGUCCACGUCUGACCCAGACUAACUACCGCAGGACCUCGAGGUCCACGCCUGACCCAGAGUAACUACCGCAGGACCUCGAGGUCCACGUCUGACCCAGACUAACUACCGCAGGACCUCGAGGUCCACGCCUGACCCAGACUAACUACAGCAGAACCUCGAGGUCCACGCCUGACCCAGACUAACUACCGCGGGACCUCGAGGUCCACGCCUGACCCAGACUAACUACCGCGGGACCCUCGAGGCCCACGCCUGACCCAGACUAACUACCGUGGGACCUCGAGGCCCACGCUUGACCCAGACUAACUACCGCGGGACCUCGAGGUCCACGCCUGACCCAGAUUAACUACCGCGGGACCUCGAGGCCCACGCCUGACCCAG